AUGGCCACAAAGUCGAAAUGCGAAAGAUUGAAAGAUGAUCUUGAAACCGGAAAGCUACCACAAGCAAUAUGCCUUAACUACGGAAACCUAUUUUCAGAUAGUAAGAAGAACGAACUACCUAUUCAGGACAAGAAACGUUCGAGAGUAUUCUCCGAGGACUACGAAAUAGUUGACAGCAAGAUAUUGGAUCCACGAGGAACUUUUCUCAGCCGAUGGAAUAAAUGUUUCCUAAUUUCGUGUCUCGUUUCUCUUUUCGUCGAUCCCCUCUUCUUUUAUUUGCCCAGUGUUAAGGAAGAAUCCUGCAUGCAAGCAAGUAUCCCUCUCGAGAUAACUCUCACCAUCAUUCGGACUAUUAUAGAUACACUUUACGUAACUCAGAUUCUCGUUCGGUUUAGGACAGCAUACGUUGCACCUUCUUCUCGCGUAUUUGGUAGGGGAGAGCUUGUUAUAGACUCUUCAAAGAUUGCUUCAAAAUAUCUUCGUCGAAACUUUUGGCUCGACUUGUUAUCUGCUCUACCCCUUCCACAGUUGUUGAUUUGGGCUGUAAUACCAUGUCUGAGAAGCUCGAAAUUGAUCAGUGCAAAACACGGGCUUCGUCUCACGAUCAUAAUUCAGUUUAUUUUGAGGCUGUCUCUAAUUUUCCCACUUUCGUCGAAAAUCAUAAGCACAGCUGGUGUGGUGGUGGAAGCUGCUUGGGCCGGUGCAGCUUUUAAUCUCCUCCUCUUUAUGCUUGCCAGUCAUGUAAUAAUUAGUUUAUAUUACUUAAAUCUUUAA